UCUCACAGAAACCCUUCAAACCCUGAUAGAUUUCACUCACGGUCUCACCCACAUCUUUCUCUUUCACUCAUUCAAUUCCUCUCAGAACCCUUUAUCGCCCAAAAACAGAUUAAAGCAAAUGGGUCGGGACGACGCCAAUUUAAGCGCGGCGAAGAGGUCGUUUCGGAGCGCAAAAGAGGAGGGGAACAGACAGGAGGAGGCCCGAUGGGCAAACGUGAUCGGCGACAUCCUCAAGAACAGAGGGGAGUACGUGGAGGCGCUCAAGUGGCUGCGCAUCGACUACGACGUGUCAGUCAAGUACUUGCCGGAGAAGCAGCUCUUGACCACCUGCCAGUCUCUCGGGGAGGUCUAUCUUCGCCUCCAGGAGUUCGAGCAAGCCCUCAUUUAUCAGAAGAAGCAUUUAGAGCUAGCCAAGGAUGCCAAUGACCUUGUUGAGCAGCAAAGGGCCAGUACCCAACUUGGUCGUACUUACCAUGAAAUGUUUUUGACAUCUGACAAUGACCACCUCUCAGUUCGGAAUGCCAAGAAAUAUUUUAAGUCUGCCAUGAAGCUUGUGGAGACUCUAAAGGAGAGCCCAUCUUUUAAGGAUAGUAAAUUCUUCCUCAAGGAAUAUAUUGAUGCACAUAAUAACAUAGGAAUGCUUGAAAUGGAUCUUGAUAACUUGGAAGAGGCCCAGAAAAUCUUAACUAUAGGAUUACAGAUUUGUGGGGACGAAGAGGUAGAGGAAGACAAUGAUGCACGCAGCAGGCUCCAUCACAACCUGGGAAAUGUUUACAUGGAGCUCAGGAUGUGGGAUAAAGCUCGGGAGCACAUUGAGAAGGACAUUAUAAUUUGUAAGAGAAUUGGGCAUUGUCAAGGGGAGGCAAAGGGGUAUAUCAAUCUUGGUGAAUUGCAUUAUAGGGUUCAAAAGUAUGAGGAGGCACUUCGUUGCUACCAGAAGGCGCUUGAACUGGCAAAAUCCAUGGAAGAUGAGGAUGCUUUGGCUAAGCAAAUUGAUCAAAAUAUUGAAACUGUAAAAGAAGCUAUUAAAGUAAUGAAUGACUUGAAAAAAGAAGAGCAGAAGCUGAAGAAGCUGACAAGAGAGACGGCCACUGCAAAAGGAACACCACGUGAGAGGAAGUGUCUGCUUCAGCAGAAUGCAUGUCUUGAUUCUCUCAUAGAGAAAUCAAGAAUGAUCUUUGCAUGGGUGAAGCUUCGGGAAUUUGCCAAAAGGAAGAAGAGAGUUGCGACUGAACUUUGUGACAAGGAAAAGCUGAGUGAUUCAUUUCUGGCUAUUGGAGAAUCAUACCAGAAGCUCAGAAAAUUAGACAGAAGCAUUAAAUGGUACAUGAGGAGUUGGGAAAUAUACAAGUCAAUUGGUAACUUGGAGGGGCAAGCAUUAGCAAAAAUCAACAUUGGUGAUGUUCUGGACAGUGAUGGUAAUUGGACAGGAGCAUUAGAUGCAUUUGAAGAGAGCUACAGGUAG